ACCUCCCUCGCUCCCUCUCUCCCUUCCUCUCUUCCUUCCUACCUCUCUUUCUUUCUUUUCUUUCCUUUCUUUCUGAGGGAGUCUUACUCUGUUGCCCAGGCUGGAGUGCAGCGGCAUGAUCUCAGUUCACUGCAACCUCUGCCUCCUGGGUUCAAGCAAUUCUCCUGCCUCAGCCUCCCGAGUAGCCAAAAUUACAGGUGCAAGCCACCACACCCAGCUAAUUUUUAUAUUUUUAGUAGAGACUGGGUUUCGCCAUGUUGGUCUGGCUGGUCUCAAACUCCUGACCUCAAGCCUUCAGCCCACCUCACCUCCCAAAGUGUUGGGAUUACAGGCAUGAGACACCGCACCCAGCCAGUGUUUAAUUUUCUACUGCAAUAUAGCUUGGCUCUGUCACCCAGGCUGGAAUGCAGUGGCGCAAUCUCGGCUCACUGCAACCUCUGCCUCCUGGGUUCCAGCUAUUCUCCUGCCUCAGCCUCCUGGGUAGCUGGGAUUACAGGUGCAUGCCACCAUGCCUAGGUAAUUUUUGUAGUUUUAGUAGAGAUAGGGUUUCACCAUGUUGGCCAAGCUGGUCUUGAACUCAUGACCUCAGGUCAUUUGCCUGCCUUGGCCUCCCA